AGACCUGAAAGUGGCACAUGGCAUGAGUGUGGCGAUGGAGACAGCAGUGGGGGCCGUACAGGGACCCAUGAGAGACUCUGGACCUGGCAGCAGCAUGAGGAGGCGGUACAGGGGCCCAUGGCAGAUUAGGGGCCUGGCAGCAGCUAUGGGAGGCCCGUAAUCUGCCAGCACCCUAUGACAAAAAAUGGAACACACCAGCAGCAGUGUGAGGAGACCUGAAAGUGGCACAUGGCAGAAUUAGGGGCCUGGCAGCAGCUAUGGGAGGCCCGUAAUCUGCCAGCACCCUAUGACAAAAAAUUGAACACACCAGCAGUGUGAGGAGACCUGAAAGUGGCACAU